AUGGCCAGUAGUGCCGGAGCCGUGGCGGAGGGACUGUUGAGAUGUGUGUACGAGGGUUGCAUUGCAGGCUGUGACACAGGGAUUGAGCGCCGGCCUUACCAUCGGAAUUGUGGAUGUGCCCUCCACAAUAAGUCGCGUAAAGCUGGUAGCUCCAAUGCUGCAUACUCGGCCAAGUGCUGCAAAAAGAACGUAUCCUACCCCAUCAGGAGGUCCUGGAGUGAGAGAUCCUUGGCCUUGCACGCAUCAGCUUCUUCUUCUAGCCAUUCCAGUUCGCCUUCUUCUUCACCAGCGCCUGUGGUGCCGGUGGGGGCUGCCGCAGCACGCAGGGAGGCCUCAUCAUCAGUCGAGUUUGUGUGA